AAUAAAAUGACUUUGACUCCAACUUAACAAUAUGAAGUUAUCUAAACAAUACUUUGAUUUAAAUGGUAUGGUGAGAAAGAAAUGGAUAAGCUCAUAAACAGAUGGAAUACAAAGAGGUGAGGUGCACCCAAUGUAGUAGGUGGAAUACAAAGGGCUUAACAAAAGAGGUGCACCCAAUGUAGAAGCUCCCCACGUUCCACCCAACCCCUUGCCAUUUUCUUUUUGUUAUUAUCACAUAAUAGGAUUCACUUUUCGGUUAACUCUUUUUUCUUCUUUACUACAAUUAUUACAAAGAAAGUUGAAAGAAUAAAAAGGGAAUAUUGAAGAGCCACACCCAAUUCCAUUUUAAAACUUAUAUUCCCUCCCACAACUCUGUGGAGAUUGAAGCUAAAUCCAGUGUGACCGUUUGAUUAGUUCAUCUUGGUUGCGCUUAUUUAAGGCAAAUAUAGGCUAGUUAGUUCAAUUUUCUGGGGGAGAGAUUAAAGCACUUUACACUCAACAGCUUCAUCUAUAUCUAUAACAAAAAACCAACCAAUUCAACAAACUCUCCUAUAUCAACACUCCCCAUCUCUCCUCCCUCCAAAGCAUCCAUCAUUCUCUUUUGCUUUCUGAAAUUCUCAUCAACUCCUUGAUACCAAAUCAAAAACCAAAACAAGGAUUUCGAGAAUGGCUUUCCAUGGAUGCUGCUUCACUUUGGCUUUGGCUCUUCUCCUUCACAUCCUUGUCAUCCUCUUCACUCCCAACACUAUUCUUCCAGCUAAUGCUCAUAGAUCAAGUAACUCCCCUCCUGCCAUGAAGUUGAACGUGAUUGAUCGAUGCUGGAGAAGGAGCCGUAACUGGCAGAGGCACAGACAACUGCUCGCAACCUGCUCGGUGGGUUUUGCUGGGAAGAUGACUAACAAUAUUGGAACAGACUUGAUACGCUAUGAAGUUACAGAUCCUAGUGACCACCCCUUGAAUCCCAAGCCAGGAACUCUCAGAUUCGGUGCCACCAACAUUAAAGGAAAGGUGUGGAUAACAUUCAAACAAAGCAUGAGAAUCAAACUCGAGAAACCGCUACUCAUUAGUAGUUUCACCACCAUUGAUGGGAGAGGUGCCAGCAUUCACAUUGCAGGAGGUGCAUGCCUCUUGCUUCAUGAGGUGACUAAUGUAAUCAUCCACGGUAUCCGGAUUCACCACUGCCGAGCCCAAAUGCCUGGUCAAGUGUUGGGUCCAGAUUCAAAGAUGAUGGAGCUGGGUCAUGUAGAUGGGGAUGCAAUCAGGCUGGUUGCAUCCUCACAAAUUUGGAUAGAUCACAAUACACUCUACGAGUGCCAGGAUGGUCUCCUGGAUGUCACCCGUGGUUCUACAGACAUCACCAUCUCAAACAACUGGUUCAGAAAUCAUGAUAAAGUUAUGCUCCUAGGCCAUGAUGAUGAGUAUCUUCAAGACAAGAACAUGAAGGUAACAGUUGCCUUCAACCAUUUUGGUCCUAAUUGCUACCAGCGGAUGCCAAGGGUCCGCCAUGGAUAUACACAUGUAGUCAACAAUCUCUAUCUGGGAUGGGAACAGUAUGCCAUAGGAGGAAGCAUGAACCCUAGCGUUUUGAGUGAAGCAAACCUCUUUAUUGCACCAGAAUCAGGGACGAAAGAGGUAACCUGGAGACAAGACAACAAUGAAAAUGGAAGAUCAUGGAAUUUUCAGUCUGUGAGGGAUGUUUUUGAAAAUGGAGCUCAUUUCAGCCAAACAGGUGACUCUGCAAAAAGGCCACACUAUAACCAUCUACAGACGUUCCGAGUUGCAGAUGCCAAAGCAGUAAGGCCAAUUACAAGGUCAUCAGGUGCUUUGCGAUGCCGUAAAAGAUCCAGAUGCUGAAUCAAGACUGAAGGAGAAAAAUGGCCAAUUCCUGUAUGAGGAUAGGACUACAUAGAAACAGAUUCCUUCUCUGGCUGUAUAACAUAUUUUGGUUUCUACUUUGCUUUGUUCAAUACAGUAUUCACUGAAACCUAGUUUAGGUCAGAGAGAGAAUAUUUGUACUAAGAAACAAAGCAUAUGCUUGAACAUCAAUAAAACAACAAUGAAGAAAUAGAAUGUUGGACCA